AUGGCGCCAACUCCAGUCACGAUCAUUACUGGCUUCCUCGGCAGCGGCAAGACGACGCUGAUACUGAAUCUCAUCCCGCAGUUACCAAAGACGUACAAACUGGCCCUUUUAAAAAACGAGUUCGGUGAUCUUGCAGUGGACUCCCAGCUUGCCGGCUCAGCCUCAAUCUCCGGUGUCCGCGAACUUUUAAACGGUUGCAUCUGCUGCAAUUUGGUAGGCCAGCUGAGCGAGGCCCUAUUCCAACUCCACGAUGAGGCUGCACCCAGCCGAAUCAUCAUCGAGACAUCCGGUUCGGCAUUCCCUGCCACUCUGGCGUUGGAAGUCAAUCGGGUGGCGCGGGAGAAUCCGGGAACAUUCACACUCGACGGGGUCAUCAGUGUCAUUGACGUGGAAAAUUGGAAAGGCUACGACGAUACCAGUUACACGGCAAAAAUGCAAGCCAAGUACACGGAUUUGAUUGUAUUCAACAAGUGGGAAUUGGUGGAUGAGAGCAUGUUCGAGGACGCAUUGGAUCGGGUGGGGGAUUUGGAUGUCCAAGUCGCCUGGGUAAAGAGUCAGAAGGGAUGGGUCGAUGUGGACGUCGUAAUGGGAAUCGACGGGGCCAUGGUCCGCGAGCAAGGUCUCCGAGGAGCCAUCGAGGCUCACGACGAGCAUCAUCACGACAGCCACGGACAUGCACACGACCAUCAUCAGGAAGAAGUCGAGGUUCUCAGCGUCGUCUGCUACCACGAAGACAUGUCGAAGCCGCCACCUGGCGUGGUCUUAGAAUCCUUUGAAGAUCUCCUCCUGUCCGCACCAAAAGACGAAGUCUACCGCAUCAAAGGCCUCGUAUUAUCUUCGAAACCACCACCCGACUCGACCGGCGACUCUAAACCCAGCAUUGCCGUCGACUCCGAGGGCAAGAGUCUCUACGUGUUAAACUGGGCCUUUGGCCGGUGGACGUACGCCCCUCUCCCCGGCGCGGCGUUCAAGGCGAUGGAGAAUGCCAGCGCUCGUCUGACGUUGAUCCUAGCAAGAGGAGAAUCGAGUAAAUGGAUACGAAGAUUGGAAAAGGGCUGGUUCAUCGCGCUGGAGGGAGCCGGCGGGAAAGAAGAGAAGGGCAUGCUGAAAGUGGAGAAGAUAGGCUGA